UCAGCGGGCGGUGAGAAGGCUGGGAGCUGAUGGAGGAAGGGAAGGGGCCGGAGGGCGGGGCGAGAGCGGCGGACGAAACUGAUGAGCCCGAAGUGAAGAAGCGGCGUUUAUUGUGUGCGGAGUUUGCCGCGGUCGCGAGUUGCGACGCCGCCGUUGCUCAGUGCUACCUGGCCGAGAACGACUGGGAGAUGGAAAGAGCGCUGAACUCCUACUUCGAGCCGCCGGUGGAUGAGAGCGCCUUAGAAAGCCGCCCCGAGACCGCCAGUGAGCCAGAGAACUGUGUUGACUUAACCAAUGAAGAAGCAACUGAGUCUACUAGUUCUAAAAUCAGCCCGUCUGCAGAUACUCAGCAAGAAGAUGGCAGCGUAUUCUCUUUCAUUACCUGGAAUAUUGAUGGACUGGAUCUAAAUAAUCUGCCAGAGAGGGCUCGAGGGGUGUGUUCCUAUUUGACUUUGUACACGCCUGAUGUGGUAUUUCUACAGGAAGUUAUUCCCCCAUAUUAUAGUUACCUAAAGAAGAGAGCAAGUAAUUAUGAGAUUAUUACAGGUCGUGAAGAAGGAUAUUUCACAGCUAUAAUGUUGAAGAAAUCAAAAGUGAAAUUAAAAAGCCACGAGGUUAUUCCUUUUCCAGAUACCAAAAUGAUGAGAAACCUAUUAUGUGUACGUGUGAGUGUGUCGGGAAGUGAAUUUUACCUUAUGACUUCCCAUUUGGAGAGCACCAAAGGGCAUGCUAAGGAACGAAUGAAUCAGUUAAAAAUUGUCUUAAAGAAAAUGCAAGAGGCUCCAGAAUCAGCUACAGUUAUAUUUGCAGGAGAUACAAAUUUAAGGGAUCAAGAAGUUACCAAAUAUGGUGGUUUACCCAACAACAUUUUGGACGUCUGGGAGUUUUUAGGCAAACCUAAACAUUGCCAGUAUACAUGGGAUACACAGAUGAAUUCUAAUCUUGGAAUAACUUCUACUUGUAAGCUUCGUUUUGAUCGGAUAUUUUUCAGAACAGCCGGAGAAGAGAGCCACAUUAUUCCCCGAAGUUUAGACCUCCUUGGGUUGGAAAAACUGGACUGUGGUAGAUUUCCUAGUGAUCAUUGGGGUCUUCUGUGCAACUUAGAUAUAAUAUUAUGAAAUGCUUUCAAAUAUGAGUUUUAAAUGUUUUAUUCUGGAUUUUUGCAAAUACAAUUUCUACCUUAUGGAAAGGUAAGUUUACUAUGGAGCAGUUAAUAUCUUGGAUCAUUGUAACAGGAAAAAAAGCAACUAUAAGUUCUAUUUUGUGAUUGUGUCCUCAGAAUUUAAGAUUAAAGAUUAAUGGUUAUUUAAA